AGCACUAUGCCACACAAAUUCCAUCAUUAAUACAGCGAGAGGUUUUUGCUUGUAAAAGGUGAACUUCCACGUAAAAGGGGUUUUACUGACACCCAGUGGCCAGUGUUGAAUACUACAUAUUACAUGUUUGAAUAUGCUUCUUUCAGUGCUCCCUUACAAAUACGCAAACCUCAUUAUCUGAAACUUUGACAUCAUUUAACAUAAUAAUACAACAUUCUAAUUAAAUGUAUUGGUCAAAAAAAUGGAAAAAAGCAACUUAGUUCCCCUUUUUAAGAAAAUAAAAGUGUAUGAUAAAAUUCCGCUCAAGUGGCACAUUAGGGUCAAAGUCCUGCUCAGGUUUUAUUUGACUUAUUAUAUCUAUGUCUAUGUCACACAUUUGAAAUUGUUUUAGUACAAUAUAUUGCAUUGUACACAGGAAAUGAUGCAGUCAAGUAAAUAGUAGCAGGCUGUUAUCUUGUCCGUUGAUGUGUUGUCUCACAACUCAUCACAUGACAUAGUAACCUUUAUUCAUGUCUUGUCAGAGCGGCUCUUCUCUCCUAGUAAGGACAAGCGGUAUAGAAAUAAAUGAGUCAACCAUAAAUGUCUGUAUUUUCAACUCAAUUAUAGGGAAAAAAUAAAACUAACUUUUGAAUGGAUUUGGAUGACAUCUUUAGGAAUUGUUGGUAUUGUUGGAAUGGUAUUUAAAAACAAAAGAUUAAAUUUUGGGGGUGAUCCGGAUAAUUUGGGCUAUCAUGCUGGUGCUAGCGUGCUAAGGUUAGUGUUAGCAUGUGAGCAGUUUUUUGCUAUUUUCAUGGGUAGACACAUACAAACACCAUUAUCAUGCUCGGUGUUUGCAGGUUUGCUUUUCUAGCAUGCUAGGUGUUAGCAUGUUAGAUUUUCUAGCAUGCUAAUAUGCUAGCAUUUUAUGCUAUUUUCAAGGGUAGACGUAUAUAUGAACACUAUAUGAGCACCAUUGUGCUCGGUGUUAGCAUGCUAACAUUAACAUGUUAGGAUUGCUACCAUGCUAACAUUAGCAUGGUUGUAUUUUCAGCCAUUUUCAUAGGUAGACAAUAUUAUGCUAGGUGUUAGCAUGCUAGCAUUGCUUGUAUGCUAACAUACGUCAUGCUGGUGCUAGUGUGCUUAGGUUAGUGUUAGCAUGUGAGCAGUUUUUUGCUAUUUUCAUGGGUAGACACACGUACAAACACCGUUAUCAUGCUCGGUGUUAGCAGGUUAGCUUUUUUAGCAUGCUAGGUGUUAGCAUGUUAGAUUUUCUAGCAUGCUAAUAUUCGCAUGCUAGCAUUUUUUAGACGUAUAUAUGAACACUAUACAUGAGCACCAUUGUGCUCGGUGUUAGCAUGCUAACAUUAGCAUGUUAGGAUUGCUACCAUGCUAACAUUAGCAUGGUUGUAUUUUCAGCCAUUUUCAUAGGUAGACAAUAUUAUGCUAGGUGUUAGCAUGCUAGCGUUGCUUGUAUGCUAACAUAAAUGUACUAGCCUUUUUUGCGAUUUUCAUGAUUAUAAUACCACCACCAGGUGUUAGCAUUGCUGGCACGGUGUUAUUAGCAUAGUAGCAUUUAGUAGCUCUUCUUUCCUAGUAAGGACAAGCGGUAUAGAAAUAAAUAGGUCAACCACAAUUGUCUGUAUUUUCAACUCAAUUAUAGUGGAAAAAAAAAUAAAAUCUUUAAAAAAAGAGAAAUACUGUAUUGGCAAAUACUUGAGUAUUCAAAUGGAGUAAUUCUAUUCAUUUGUUGACCUGUAAUUCAUGUUUAUCCUUCACCUAAUGUGCUUUAAGGAACAAUUUCAAUGUAAAAGCUAAUUAUUUUUUUGUGAGUAAUAAGUGAGUCCAGUCCAAUCUUCACACUGAUUGUAUCAAGUGACACAUCAUUGUUGUGAUGUGGAACCACCGAGGUGACAACCUAGCAUACUUAGCUGGACUUUACUCCCUUGCCUCCUCCUUAUAAACGCACGCUUGGACCGUGCAGGACUCGCAGUAUUCCGCUCCUCCACAGAGGUAAGACAGUUUCAUUUUUAGGUCAUCUUAUUUAGGAUUUAAAGGACACACACAUAUAUAAAGUCUUGUAAAAUCUGCUUUCUCACCCACAGUGUCAACCAUGAAGCUCCUUUUGGUUCUUGUUUUGGCUCUUUUGUCCGGUUGCAAUGCCAACGUCAUGCGACCCGGCCAGCCUAAGGCGCAGGUGGACAUGGUGAAAGAAGCUUUUUGGGACUACGUAUCCAAGGCCACCUCCACUGCUGAAGACUCCCUGAAGCUCAUCAGGCAGUCUGAGCUCGGAAAGGAAGUCAACACCCUCAUCUCUGAGAGCACCGGCGUCAUCAACAAAUUCACAGAAGCUCUUCGCACCCAGGUGACCCAGGACUUCACAUCGAGCUUCUUUGAGCAAGCCGAACAGCUGAAGAUUCGCCUGGAAAAGGAUCUGAAAGCUAUGGGCGCCAACCUGCAGCCAUACGCUGACGAGGUGGGGACGCACUUGCAGAAGCAGAUGGAGGAGCUGAAGAAGGAGGCGUCCGCCUACGCUGAGAGCCUGGACUCGGAGGCUCUUAAAGCCGCCGUGCUGAGAAAAAGCCAGGAGCUGAAGAGCCACCUUGACAUGAACGUGGACAAACUGCAGACUCAGAUGGUACCUUACAGUGAAGAACUGAAGCAGAAGAUGGAGACAAGCCUGGAGGACUUCAGGAGGAACAUGACACCCCUGGUUCAGAGCUUCCACAGCCAGCUAACAGAGAAAAGCCAGGAGCUCCAGGAGAGGUUGGUUCCUUACGGUGAAGAGCUGAGGGCCAAGCUGAACGUCGACACCCAGAACCUGAAGGAGCAGCUGGCUGCUCUCUGGAAUUCCUUCACCAAGCUGACACAGUAGAGCUUCAAUAUCAUCAUCAGAUGGACUCCUGAACAUUAGUCUACCUCAAGUCUUCUAUUUAAUGUUUGACAUCAAUA